CGAUGAGUAGCAUCGGCAGCGGAGCCUUGGACAGAAUCCUAUCGCGGGUUCGCGCCCUCACCAAUGCCAGGCGAACAGGAAGAAAGGAAAAGGCAGCGGCAGCGUCGGUAGUAGCGCUGGUGUACCUGGCGGUGGUCUUUCGGCAGGGAAAGCUCGUGUGCCGACGCUCUGGGCACAACGUACGCGUGCUGCGAGCUUUGGCAGGGGUAGUCGACCGGCCGUACUACCCGUCGUGGCUCACGCCCAACGCGCACGUGAACUGCCUGCUGGGGUACGCCAAGAGAGGCAUCACCGUCAAGUACCUCGGCGAGGAGGGGCGGAACGGCUUGCGUCCUCUGGCUGGGGCCGUGUCCGUGUCCAACCCCUGGAACUUCGAGGACAACACAAUGGCGGGCGGUCGGGCGAAGGGGCUCGUCGCCGCCGUGAUGGGAAAGGUGUACUCCUUGGCCCUGGCCACCGGUGUAAAGAUUAGAGGGUCCGGAAUACAUUAG